UAUACUUACCUGCUGUGUGCAGUGGUUUUGCACAGAGCAGCCUGGAUCCUCCUCUUCUUGGGUUCCCCUCAGACUAUCCUGGCUCCUCCUGUGUGUCGGGUACCCCCACAGCAAGCAGCUUGCUAUGGGGGCACCCGCUGCUCCGUGUGUCCAUUCACAUACGGAGCCACUUCAAUGAAGAGGCAGAGACCAAGGAUGUUGUGCAUAUUGAUGGAUUGUGAUGAGGGUCAGGUAAGUAUUGAAGGGGCUGGGGGCAUUGCUGCACACAGAAGAUUUUUUACCUUCAUGCAUAGAAUGUAUGAAUGUAUGAAGGUAAAAAACCUUCAGCCUUUACAACCAUUUAAU